AUGUCUGGCGCACAGGAAAAACCGCUCAAUGAGCUCCUCUCCCGCUCAAUGGUCGAUAUCUAUGUCGGCCCCGAGAACACGCACUGGAUCCUCCAUGAGAAACUCCUCUGCCACCACUCGCCCUUCUUCCGCAAAAUCUUCUACUCCAAAUCCAACUCUUCAUCGCGCACACAAUCCUUCGGCCUCCCCGAAGAAGAAGAUGCGCCCUUUAAGACUUUCGUCGGCUGGCUUUACUCCUCCUCCCUCCCCGUCCCGCGCGAGGAAGCCGACCUAGGCGUAUGCUUCGACCUGUACCUAAUGGCCGAGAAGUUUGAGAUCCCAGGUCUCGUCGCCGAUGUCCUUCAGGUUGUUAGGGAAUGGUACAAGUACAGCGAUAGCUACCCUGGUCUACGUCGCGUACAAUACAUCUACGCAAACACCGAGGAAGGCAGCCCAAUGCGACACAUGCUCGUGCACGCCGUCGCACGCAUGAUGGUAAUCGAAAAGGGCAUUCCCGCACACUGGGACAAGGCACUCCGUAAGAACGGACAACUCGCCGUCGACAUCAUCAAAGCGAUCCAGGACUGGCGUCUUGAAGAAGAAGUCGUACCUGAUGCGCGCGAGGAACCCGCUGAGGCCGAGGACCUCAUCGACGUGGAGCAGGAGACGGCGAAACUGGAUGAGGAGGCGGAGCAAGAAAUUGACGAUGAUAUCCGUGCGGAGAGAACCGAGGAGGCUGAUGACUCUGAGGAUACGGUUGUCGAGAGCCCGACUAAUGAGUCGAAACGCCCCAAGCCGACGACACAGAAGAGCGGCAAGGGCGGCGCUGGCGAGGAUAUCAAGAGCAAGGACAACGGCCUUGUCAAGGACUUUAGCAAGUUCAGUUUGCAAGAAAUGCCGAAUGAGAUGACCAAUGGCGACUACGGCACUCUUCGCGCGUAA